AUGGCUUCCUUCCAUUUUGGCAAGGGCUCCUGGUUCCUGGUCUUCUGCAUUGUCCUGGUACUCCUGCCAGGACGAGCUGCUGCUUUUGGCGCCGGCAACAUCCCCUCCAUCGCUCAAGUCGAGGGUCACAAUUGGCGUCAUGGCGACAUUGAAGACAUGCUCGAAACAAUCGCCUACCUGAACGGCAAGAAAUGGACUUCGCUUCUCAUCUCUCGCGUCUACUUUGGAAACUGGCUCCGCGACUACUCUCAGGCUGUCGAUGUCGGCAGUCUCAAGGGCGUCAAUGCUGCCACCAUUCGCAUCUUGGUCUGGGUCCUCUCCUUCCUGGCGCAUGGCUAUGCUACCGAGGAAUUCGAGGUCACCGAAGAACGACUAGGCUGUUACAGGCCCGAGGAACAUAUUGACAACCCCCUGGGCUAUGCCGAGGGUCUCGAUGCUCGUACCCUCGAUCCUCGCCUGCGAGGCCCUGUGGAUCCCGUCGAGACAGAGAUAGACAGUCGUUCGGGUAUGAAGAAUUACAUCGCCAAUGAGCGUGGAGGAUGGGCAACCAGCGCUGGCUAUCUACGGUUCAGUCUCGGACGAAGCAUUCACUAUGGGCGCCUCUAUACCAGUGGUGCUGGAAGCUCGGCCAACAGGGAAGAGGAUCUCUGCGAGGCCCUGCGCUGUCUCGGCCAGGCCCUGCACACCCUUGAGGACUUCCCUGCCCACAGCAACUACUGUGAGCUGGCUCUUCGCGAGCUUGGCUACCACGGCGUCUUUCCUCAUUGCGGGACUGACACUGAGAUCAACCUUCGGGGCAAAAGGGUCUACCCUUUGGUCACGGGUACGUUCGGCGCCGUCGACUUCCUGCACUCUGUGCUUGGAGAAGCCAACGACCACUUCACCCAGUCCGAAGUUGACGAGAUGAACGCCGCCCUGAUCAACGCGCAAAGCUUGACCAAGGGCGAAGAAUCCGGGUCCAGGGACAGGGGCCUGUUCUCCUCCUCGUCGUCCAAGUCGUCUGGAGAUUUCAUCUCCCUCAUCGGCCAGCUGCCCGGCAUUGGCGAUGGCUUCAUGAAGGAGGCCAGGGACCUUCAAGCCUCGUCUGCCCAGCAAGAGCAGGACAACAUGCGGUCUAGGUCGGCGUUCAAUACCCGCGACAACGUGAACCAAAUUCCCGGCAUGAGCCCCGACUUUGAUCCCGUCAAGACCGCUGGUCGAAUUUACCCCAUCCUCCAGUUCCGCGACAAGAUUGUCAAGGCGAUCAACAGGUUUAUUGCCAAGGUCCCUGGCUUGGAGAAGCUCCUCGAACGCAUCAGCGAGACGCUGACUGCCUUUAUUCUCGGCCUGCUCGCGCCCUUCAUUCAGCCCAUCAUCCAGCAGGUGUCCAAGGUCCUCAAGGAAGGUUCGUCAGGACUCAUCGGCGCCAGCGCCAAGUCCCAGUUCGAGCCCUGGGACAACCCCCGCUGCAGCGAUCCCACGCACUCAAUGUUGUCCAAGGAUCACUUUACCAACAUCUUGAACUCAUGCGCCGGAAGGGUUGCCUCGACCAUCUUGCAAUACAUCACACCGCGCGUUCUUUACGCAUGGGAGAACCCCGGCGUUCCUGUUGACGAGGUCGUCGAUGAUGUUCUCCGCGCGUUCCAUCACCCCGUCAUGCGUGAUGACCGCUGCGAGAUUCAGAGCAACAUGUUCAAGACGGUCCGCGAGUGGGCAGAUGGCCACCCUCGUCGCCACGAGCUCUCCCACCUGCUCAACUCGCAGUCGGUGAAGGAUCACAAGAACCACAUCCUCAACCAGCAGACGACAAGCGGUAGCCGCAGUGCCGUGGAUGUUCACUCGUGCGGCGGAGGUCUCGGCCACGGCAAGACGAAGAACUCGCUCUGGAACCAGAUCAAAACGCGUGACCUCAACGCCAUGGAGGGCGAGGACCGGAGGCCCCUGGCAUCUGCCCCCGUGUCCCAUGGCAAUCAGGAAUACGGCUACCGCCAGGACCAGAACCAGUCUCACAUCUACACCGGCACCAGUGGUGGCGAGAGCGCCGGCUACUACGGAGGCGGCGGCAGCGGGUCGUCAGAGCGCCAGGAGAGCCGACCCAGCUACGACCGGCCCAGCUACGACCGGCCCAGCUACGACCGACCCAGCUACGACCGACCCAACUACGAUCAGCCCCCUCCCCAGCAGAGCUACGGUCAGCAGGGCUACGGCGGCCCGCCACCUGGCCAGUACGGAGGCCCUCCCCCCGGACAGUACGGCGGCCCCCCUCCCGGACAGUACGGCGGACCUCCUCCGGCGCAGUACGGCGGACCGCCUCCAGGCCAGUACGGCGCGCCCCAGGGCUACGGAGGACCCCCACCGCAGCAGCAGUACGGCGGCGGGUACCAGCAGCCUCCCCCUCCCCAGGGCUACGGCCAGCCACCUCCGCCUCACUAUGGCGGUGGAGGCUGGAGCCAGUAUCCAGGCCAGGGGCGCCACUAA